AUGGCUGGUCUGCAGGCGCAGUUCGCUGGCCUGCCUACUGGCGCAUCUGAAGCCCACCUUGCCGACCUUCGUGAUCUCGAAGAAGAUUUCGCUGGCGAUAUGGAAGACGAUAUGGAAGGCGAUCUCGCAGACGAUCUCGCAGAUGAUAUCGCAAAUGAUGCUUCCAACAUGGACGAAGAUACCGAUGAAAACGGUGAGCAGACCGAGUACGAGCGUACUGUUGCCCUCGCCGAUAAGCUGGUUGGUCUCCACAAGUCUCUCAAAGAUCACUACGCACCUCGCUUCCCCGAAUUGGCUGGCCUUGUCAAAGACCCCAUGCAAUACGCUAAGACCGUCGGCAUCCUGUUGGGUCACCCCCUUCACGACAUCAAGAGUUUGACAGACUCUUCUGACAACAUGACUGGCGUGACAUUGCGUUCUGUUCUGCGUGGAGCAGACCUGAUGGUGGUCACUGUCACGGGAUCCACUACCCAUGGUCGGGAUCUGUCUGAGACCGAGUUGAACAAUGUUACCCGUAUCACGCAAAAGAUCUUGGAAAUCGAUGCCGAGCGCAUUAAGAUUACCCAGCAGAUCAAGUCGCGCAUGUUUGAGACCGCCCCAAACCUGACUGCUCUUGUCGGAGUGGAUACCGCUGCCCAGCUCCUGAACGCAACCGGAGGCCUUGAAGAGCUCAUUAGGAAGCCAGCUGGCAAUCUGAGUGCAAUUGGCGCCAACCAUGCGGGCGAAACAGGGUUUGCGACCAACCACGGUGUCCGCGCAAAGGGAUACAUCUACGAUUCGCCGAUCUUUGAGAAUGUCCCGGAGGACGUUAUGAAGCAGGGCCUUCGCAUCGUCUGCGCCAAGAUCGCGCUCUCUGCCCGCGUCGACUUUGCUAAAGAGAGACCCGAUGGCUCUUUUGGCGAGGGAUUGCAUGACGAAUGUACCAACAAGCUGCAGAAGCUGCACCAAGCCCCGGAGAAAAAGAACAAGAAGGCUCUCCCUGCUCCCGACGAGAAGCCCUCCGCCAAGCGCGGUGGUGAGCGUGCCCGCAAGGCCAAGGAGGCCACCGCCAUGACCGAUAUGCGCAAGGCUCAGAACCGCGUCGCAUUCAACCAGCAGGAAUCGGAAGUCGGAUACGGCGUUGGCCCUGGAACUGUCGGACUGGGUAUGCUGGGACAGGAGAACCAGGGCAACAUUCGCACCACUCAGGUCAACAAGAGUACUGCUGCCAAGCUGAGCAAGAACAACAAGGGCUGGAACGCUACCGCCAGCGGCAACCGCAACGCAUCCUUGGAUGACUUCACUCCCGGUGCCAGCGGAAUCGCCAGUGUUCUCCAAGCUCGUGGUCUGCGUGAUUCCGGGUUUGGAACUCAACCCGACGCAGCCGGUACCGCCAGUUCCGUCACCUUCGCGCCCGCGCAGGGUCUCUCUCUCGUGGACCCCAAGGCUCAGGCCGAGCUCAAGCGCAAGCGCGAGGCCGAAGAAAACCGUUACUUCAACGACGGUGUCUUCACCCAGGCCCCCAGCGAGGGCAGCAGCGGCGCCGGUGGCUUCAAGGUGCCCGCCUUGCCAAACAAGCGGGCCAACACCGGUGAGGGGGCCAAGCAACCCCCCUCAGUAAAUCAUUUCUGCCCUUUCGUCAGAUCUUUCGCAUUGUAA